AUGGCGGACGUUCAGGAACGUUUGAAGAAGCUUGGUGCUUCCGCUCGUAUCGGUACUGGCAAGGGCACCCCCCGGAGGAAGGUGAAGCGCGCGCCUGCGCGCUCUGGCGCCGAUGACAAGAAGCUGCAGCAGUCGCUGAAGAAGCUCAAUGUCCAGCCCAUCCAGGCGAUUGAGGAGGUCAACAUGUUCAAGAGCGAUGGAAACGUUAUCCAUUUCGCUGCUCCCAAGGUUCACGCCGCUGUCCCUUCCAACACCUUCGCCAUCUACGGCAACGGUGAGGACAAGGAGUUGACGGAGCUCGUGCCCGGCAUCCUCAACCAGCUCGGCCCCGACUCGCUUGCCUCGCUCCGCAAGCUGGCCGAGAGCUACCAGAACAUGCAGCAGAAGAAGGAUGAUGACGAUGAGAUCCCCGACCUCGUGGCCGGCGAGAGCUUCGAGAACAAGGUCGAGUGA